ACCCAAGUUCCUGUGGAGACAACGCGACAAAAGAGACAAUGUCUAUCGCGGGGAUGAAAAAGCAGUUUCACAAAGCAACGCAGAAAGUCAGCGAGAAAGUGGGAGGGGCUGAAGGAACCAAACUCGACGAUGAAUUCCAGGAAAUGCAAAAGAAAGUGGACUCGACUAGCAGAGCCAUCAUGGACAUCAUGACCAAAACUACAGAGUACCUGCAACCCAACCCAGCCACCAGGGCCAAGCUGAGCAUCAUGAGCAACAUGUCUAAGAUCCGGGGCCAGGAGAAGGGACCGGGCUACCAGCAGACGGAGGCCAUGCUGGGGGAGGCCAUGGUCAAAUUCGGACGAGAACUGGGAGAGGAGUCCAGCUUUGGUCUGGCUCUGCUGGAUGUGGGGGAGGCUGCUCGGGAGUUGGGGGAGGUGAAGGAUGCUCUGGACAUGGAGGUUAAGCAGAACUUCAUCGACCCCCUACAGAACCUCCACGACAAAGACCUGAAAGAGAUACAGCACCACCUGCGUAAGAUGGAGGGCAGGCGGCUGGACUUCGACUACAAGAAGAAGCGCCAUGGCAAGGUGCAGGACGACGAGAUACGCCAGGCCGUCGAGAAGUUCGACGAGUCCAAGGAGAUCGCCGAGCAGAGCAUGUUCAACCUCAUCGAGAACGACAUUGAGCAGGUGAGCCAGCUGGCAGCCCUGGUGCACGCCCAGUUGGACUACCACAGCCGCUCCGCUGAGAUCCUCCAGGUCCUCUCCGGCAAGAUCGAGGAGAGGAUAAAGGAGGCGUCUGAGAAGCCUAAGAAGGAGUUCACCCCUAAGCCGCGCACCAUGAUGGAGCUGGUGCUGCCCAGCGAGAGCCACAACGGGGGCGUACACAACGCCCGGUCCCCCGCACGCUCACCAGCACCGGCCACCCUGGAGCAGCCCUGCUGUCGAGCGCUGUACGACUUCGAGCCGGAGAACGAGGGCGAGCUGGGCUUCAAGGAGGGCGACCUCAUCACGCUGACCAACAAGAUCGACGACAACUGGCUGGAGGGCGCCGUCAGCGGCAACACCGGCUUCUUCCCCGUCAACUACGUCGACGUCCUGGUGCCUCUGCCCAACUAG